AUGUUAAAAGUACUUAGAAAAAUAUCCGGCCAUUCAAGUGAUGCUGGUAGUGAGAAACCGGCUUCUGCUAGACGGAAAGAUGUAAAUAAGGACCUAAGGAAACCGUAUGAUCCGCAAACUUCACAAUACCCACGCCAGGCUCCUGGGAAAGCACCUUUAAGACCUGGCAAGCCACAAGGUGGUAACGGUGCUAAACCGGAAACUGGUGUAACAGGACCAUCGUCAAUCUCUUAUAAUAAGCAAAGACAGAAUUAUUCUGUGCUGGGGAGCAGCAAUGACAGUAAUGCGUCUUCUCAUGGAUCAAUGUCAUAUAUGGGUAAAGACACUCACGAGAGCUUAAUAAAACAAAAUCGAGUCAACAGAAAAAGAAGUGAACAUUAUUACAUUUAUGACUUUGAAAAAUAUAGGGGACCCACGGAUGAGACCAUUGCAUCAGAUCCCGAUUAUGACAUCUUUCAAAUCAAAGAUGGGAUCAGUGCGUCUUCUGCUAGAUAUGUUAUCCAUUAUUUGACAAACAAUUUCAAAGAACAGCUGUUGAACAGAUUUUCCCACCAAAAUAACAAUCUAGAUACGGAUGUGUUGAAGGCCUCGAUGGAAAUCUUUAAGCCUAAUUUGUCGCAUUUUUCUAGCUCCGAGAUACACCAUUGUAAAAAAAUAAUAAGAUCUUUCUUUCCUUGGCAAGGAUGCUCCUUAACUGGAACAGCGCUUGAAAAAGCAAUUGCUGAACAUUACGGGGAUUAUUCAAAUCCAAAGCAUUGGACGAGGUUGAUACUGUCACUAAGGAUUAUAUGGUCUCACCUUUCCCAUGGGAUUGUGCCAUGGAAAUGCUAUCAGGAUUUUUGUCAGCUUGAAUCAAGGAACAAUUAUCCUACGAUGUCUUUUUAUAACCUUUUACCUCAAUGUCUUCCUAAUCAUGAUUACACUUGCAGUACGUUCGAGUUUUUAGAAGUACUAGUAGCUAUUAUUUCGAAGAUUGAUCUCGUAGUUGACAAAAACGCACAAAUGGACUUAAUUUUCACUGCGGGACAGGUAUGCUUUGUAAAAGACCAAAAUCUACAAAGACAUUUACAGGAUAAUUCCAAGAAUGAUCCGGAUUUGAUAUCUCUAGGGAAACUGUAUUAUGCUAGAGGUACUGCGUUACUUCAUUUGUUCGUCGCUUAUUUGAGAUCUUUGGCGGAGGAAGGAAAGAUCAAAGACUUUUAUCUCAUUGAUAACUUCCAUAUUGACAAUUAUCCACCACAUCCAUAUAAACCUGUGGCACAAACUGCCUUAACUUUGACUGUUCCGUCUUUUAUUGACGGCGAGAACGACUUUAAUACCUUACUUAAAAAUGCAGCAAAAGCACAAUCGAGAAUAUAUUCUUCCAACCAUUCCUUCUCUAAGCAAGAGAAUGCAUUUUUGGAUAAAUUCGAAGAAGGUCCAUACAAAGUGUUUGAUACCCUAUUCUCCAGAUCAUCAAAACGUUACCUUUACAAGUUUGAUAAGAAGUUUGAUCCAAAUUCUUUAAAACUCUCAAGUGAAUCUGGGAUGCAACAAGGUUUAGGAACUAUAGGCGAAAACGAUCAAUAUGCCGUAGCAACAUGGAUUGAACAUUGUAAAGGUCAAGAUUUUAGUGAAUUUUUAAACGUGUUAGACGAUAGCGGUCUUGGAGAAGGAACGUUAGCGUUCGACCAUACUUCUUUCAAUUUUGCCGCUAAGAAGCAAAGUCAAAAGGAAAACUUCUCGCCUGUGAGAGUUUCUAAAAUGGCUUUGUCUGAAUGGUUCAUUUCAUCAUGGAAGUACGAAACCUUCCUUCACAAGGUGCAUAACACCUUACUAAUCAAGCUAACAAAACGAGUUGGUGAUUGUGACUGGUUAGUUCUAAGUACUGAUGAAAGAGUCGGUAAGUCGAGCUACCUAACUCCUCCCUCUUCGAGUGAUUCUGCAAAAGCUCUUGAAAAUGUCAAAAUCCCGGCCAUUGAUUCCGAUAAUGCAUCUAUUAAAUCUCGUCCCCCACCACCAAACCUUUUGGGAGAUAAAUCUUCGUCACCAUUAUUGGAUUCGCCAAGUUCUUCCUUGUACUCUAGCGUCUUAAGAAAGCCUGUAAAAGAAGGUAUGGGGUCCGAACAGAAAAAUCCCUCUGCUUAUAACCGAAACUCUAAGAUGAGCGUUGUUACUGCGGCUCCUCCUUCCUCGGUUUCAAGAAGAGAAAUAAUGACACCCGUUGAAGAUAAUACCCAAAGUGUCUUUCAACAUGACUAUCCCAAUAAUCACCACCUGCCUCCUGUCAUGGUGAAAAUCAAUAACCCAUCUUUAGUAGACCUUGACGCUAAUGGCAAAACUUACACUCCAUCUAGAUCUAGAACUCUUGCACCCGCUGCUACACCAGAGCAAAAUAUGAAUAUAGAUAAAUUUGGUUCGAUGCUGUCUGAUCAGCAACGCCUCGUUAAACCAUUGGACUUCAGUGUUAAGAUAAAAUCAACCGUCAUAGAGGAAGAAGAUUCCCAUUCAACUUUGCCUGAGGAUGAUGGAUUGGAGGUUGACGAAGACGAUAGUUUGAUAACGACAAACACAAUACAAAAGCUUAAAGCACAACUCUCCAAUAUUUCAUCGGAUGAAGAGGAAGAAGAUGCAGUGGACGCUGAACUGGAAACAGGACAAGAGGAUGAAGAGGAGCAGGAACAGGAGGAUUCAACACAACACAUGGACUCUUUAGAAGUCCAAAAUGUGGUUGACAAUGUUAUAGAAACGAAAGAAAACCCAUGUACGGAUCGUCAGUUUUCAGUUAGCGAUGCAAACUCUAAAAGUGAUGUUCCUGCCUUGCAGAACGAAGAGGUAUCAGUUGACACUGCAUCUAUCGCCAUAAAUUCUGUGGAAAUUCCCAGUACACCGGCUAAUGAUACAGAAACUUCUCUAUCAUCAAAGGAAGCAAAUAUUGAGGAAAGUAAACCAGAGAAAAUUCUUGAACAAGGUUUUGAAAGCGCCAAACCACUUUCUCAGGAUGAGCAAAAAAGGGUCAGCUGUGAUACAGCAGGUUCCUUUCAGGAUGCAUCUAGCGUGCUGAUAAGAGAUGAUAGUAGUUUAAACUCCGAAACGCACAACACAGGUCAAGAGGAUCACAAUCAAUCAUCAGUAGCAACUACGGCUGGAUCUGCUGUGACCGAAAAACAGAAUGUUGAUACUGAAAUUGGGAGUGACAGAAACUCCAAGGCAAUAUCAGAGAGUGACAAAAACGAUGAAGCAACUAGCAAGAGUAUAUCUCUGACUCCAAAUAACAGGCUUAUGCGAGCCUCUGCUCUUAUAGAACCACAGUCUUCUCCAAAUGAUAUACUCAAUGACCUGAUUGAUAACUACAAUGCAGAAAGUUUGGUCACUGUUAGCUCAGAGGGCGCGACUUUGUUCGAACGGAUAAAAAGUCAAAUGGAAAGGGUAAGCAACGGUAAAGAUCUGCCGCCAAUUCCGGCCACGAGGCCAGUCCUGCAUAAACUGAAAAUGGAUGUUGUGAACGAAGAGGAUAAUGAUGAUAGUCCUUCAUCUGAGAGCCUACCCUUAGUGACUCCAACUAAAGGUACAGCAACGAUAAUGAGCGGAUUUUCUUACAAUGCAACACCUCCGAUGAAACAGGAAGAGUUCAAAUAUAAUGGUAAGCUGACUUUUCCCCAAGAUUCUGUAAACACUUUCUAUUCAUCUUUGGACCACGACACCGAUACGAAUGAUCACGACGGACAAGAAAGUGCAGGCAACGGCGACGAAUUUCUUUCCAUUGAAAGCGCGGACGAAACAACGGACAUUAACGAGGAAAACAAGGCAUUCAGGAAUGUCAUGCUAAAAACUAAGAAAAGCUUUAAAAGCUUGAAAAAUAAAUCGUUAAGGGCAUGA